AUGUCUGACAAAUCAAAACCAUCGGACGCACGCUUCUUAGCGCAAUGGCCUUACUUCACUGACUUUGGGGACCAUUUUGAAACACCCAAACAAGCGUACGAAGACCUCAAGCCACUACUGGAUCACAUUGCGCGGAAGGAAGCAAAGGACAGGUCAAAGAAGAGCGGCAACAAUGGUACAUAUACUAUGAGACAAGACAAUCAGCCUAAACCUCAAGGCGAGGCGGCUGCA